UUGACCCACAUCAUCAUCAUCAUCAUCUCUCUCCUCCCUCUCUCUCUCUAGCUGUGCAGCGAAGCGCACAACUCUGAAAACUGCGGUUCCCAAACGCAAAAGCCAAAAAGCAGCUGUGAGUAACAAUAACAUAUACACAACCCAAAAAAAAAGGAAAAAGAAAAAAAAGUAGAGAGAGAGAGAGAGAGAAGAACAGGAAAAAGCAAAAAGAGAAAGAAAAAAGAUGGAGGAGGGGAAUAAGGUGAUGAAAUCGAGGUUUCGGAGGGUUUGUGUGUUCUGCGGAAGCAGCUCCGGGAAGAGGAACAGCUACCAAACCGCCGCAGUAGAGCUUGGAGAAGAGUUGGUGGCGAGGAAGGUGAACCUGGUGUACGGAGGAGGGAGUGUCGGGCUCAUGGGGCUGGUCUCUGAAGCUGUUCAUAAAGGUGGUGGCCAUGUCUUAGGGAUAAUUCCCACCACUCUAAUGGGCAAAGAGAUUACUGGGGAGACAUUUGGGGAGGUGAGAGCAGUGGCCAGCAUGCAUCAGCGCAAGGCCGAAAUGGCUCGCCAUUCUGAUGCCUUCAUUGCUCUGCCUGGUGGAUAUGGGACUCUUGAAGAGCUCCUGGAGGUGAUUGCAUGGGCUCAGCUGGGGAUCCACAGCAAACCAGUGGGUUUGCUGAAUGUGGAUGGGUACUACAAUUUUUUACUGGCGUUCAUCGACAAAGCCGUCGACGACGGCUUCAUUCAACCGCUGCAGCGCCACCUCUUCGUCGCCGCGACCAACGCAAAAGACCUCGUCCAAAAGCUUGAGGUUGCUGUUGUUGCUGAUGUGUUGGCAUACCUGAAAUUGAGUUUUCGGGCUACUACUGACUCCUCAAAGUGCUCUUUUGAUCAGUUGCUUUUGCUGUUGAUGUGUUGGACUACGUGCCCGCCGCUCCGGACGCGGCGGUGGCGAAGCUGCGGUGGGAGAUGGAGCAGGUCGAAUACAACUCUGCGCUGCAUGCCGAGAUCGCGCGGUAGUGUCUGCAGGAGCAGCAGCGGUAUGCGGUACACAUGCGGCGAAAAAGGAAAGAACAUAUUUGGGUGGAUUUUGGCUUCUUACGGUGACAUAAUUAUGUUUUGUCCGUAGAUACGUAGUUUAUGUAACACCAUAUAUGCAUGUACUGUCCUCUAAAUCUAGGGCUACAAAAUGUACGUACCAUACUGGUACUAUAUAUAUAGUAGCUAUAUAUAUAUAUAUAUAUAUAUAUAUAUAUAUAUAUAUAUAUAUAUAUAUACACUACGUACUGACCCAAUUAUAUAUAUAUAUAAGAUAUGUCCACUUUAUUAAUUAGUUAUAAAAAUAUAUGACUAAGUUUGUGUUCGAGAGUUUGUAUUUUUGUUUAGGUGAAAACGUGAACUAUUCUGAAUCA